GACGCAGACGUCAACUCGGCAGUUUUCUGCCCAUCAAAGUCCAGUUGAUUUCCAGCUUCCCGAGGUUCCAUAAUUACAAUUGAAUGAUAUGGCUGAAAAGGGCAGUUUUUGAGUCAAGUUGCCCGUGCGCCGAAAUGGUGGCAACCCGAAACACCGGCCCCUGAACCCCUUGCGAGACACCCAUCAAUGAUCUCAAACGGCCAAGUCGGCAAAUACGCCAGGGGCGCCACCAUCCAAGGCGCCUUCUCUCCUUCCGGACCUCGUGCGAUGACGACCGUCGUGUCCACGGAUGCAUGAAAGGGAUAGCAAUUGAUCGCCGUCAUCACAUGAGAACUUCCGCUCCGGCAGAUUCAAAAGCCACCACCACUCUUGUCGCAAUUGUAUUAUCCACAACACCUAGCAGCGCCCUCGCCAAUACUCGAUUUCCUCCAGCUCUACCUCCCAGCCAGCCAUGAAAACCCCGGCCGCUGUUGUCGUCGUCAUACUCAGCGGCCUGGCCACGGGAGCCGAGGUCAGGGGUCGCCAGAGCGUCAACAUCUGCCGGGCCGUACAGACCCAAAACGGCUGCAUCCAGUCUGCCUCCUUCAGCUCUCCAAUCUUCUUUACCUGCGUCAACGGUCAGCAGACACUCUUUACCUGCGACGGGGGCUGUCGUCAACAGAAUGCUGCCAACUUGCCGACCUGCGACAAUGGGAAGCUGUUCAACGGCACGAUAGAUUGA